CCGGGACACCGGCUGCCAAUCUCCUGCAGUAAUCCUGCCCUGAAUGUCACCGGGGCCUAUUCUGACACAUAGAGGAGUUUAUAACAGGUGUUGUCGCUGUGUUUCCAUCUAUUUAGACCUCUCUGGGACACAGCCUGCAGAAGCAGCCUGCAGGGUUUGCUUUUAUUUGUUGGGACAAUCAUGGAACCCCUGGAGAAGGAGAAGGAGGAUAAUCCGUCAGCCAGAGCUAAUCUUCUCUCCAAGAUUUUCUUCUGCUGGCUGAACCCCUUAUUCAGAGUUGGGUACAAGAGGAGGCUGGAGGAAGCGGACAUGUACAGAGUUCUUCCAGAGGAUGCAUCUGAGCGACUUGGAGAGGAACUACAGCGGUUUUGGAAUCAAGAAGUUCAGCAGGCAGCAGAAGAUCUACGGCCACCCAGACUUACCAGAGCACUCAUCCAGUGCUACUGGAAAUCAUACUCGUUAAUUGGAACAUACAUCUUCAUAGAGGAAGUAAUCAAAGUCAUUCAGCCAGUGCUACUUGGGAAGCUGAUAGAGUACUUUGAGAGUUAUGACACUGCUCAGCCAGCUUCGGUCACUGAGGCUUACAGCUAUGCUCUGGGCAUUUCAUUGGCCACCAUAGGCCUAGCUCUGCUUCAUCAUCUGUACUUCUACCAAGUCCAGCGGGCAGGCAUGAAGAUUCGCGUGGCCAUGUGCCACAUGAUCUAUCGGAAGGCUCUCUCUCUCAGCAGCGCAGCAAUGGCCGAAACAACCACAGGUCAGAUUGUGAACCUCUUAUCCAACGAUGUCAACAGAUUUGAUGAGGUUACCUUAUACUUACACUUCUUGUGGCUUGGUCCGCUUCAAGCAAUAUCCGUGAUAUUGCUGCUGCUGUAUGUUAUCGGCCCAUCAUGUCUUGCUGGAAUGGCGGUCCUCUUCAUUCUGAUGCCAAUUCAGACCAUGUUUGGACGUUUGUUCUCCAGUCUCAGGGCUGAAACAGCAGCGUUAACGGACGAGCGAAUUCGCACAAUGAGCGAAGUCAUUUCUGGGAUCCGAGUAAUAAAGAUGUACGGGUGGGAGAAACCUUUUGGUGCACUUGUGGAUGAAGUCAGACGAAUGGAAAUCUCCAAGAUCAUGCAAAGCUCUUACCUCCGUGGCCUGAACAUGGCGUCCUUUUUUGUGGCCAGCAAGAUUGUCAUCUUCUUCACCGUCUGCGUUUAUGUGCUCACAGGAAACAGGCUCUCAGCCAGUAAACUGUUCAUGGCCGUUUCCCUGUAUGGGGCAGUCAGACUUACCAUCACACUCUUUUUCCCCUUAGCCAUUGAGAAGGUCUCAGAGUCUCUCAUCAGCAUCCAGAGGAUUCAGAAAUUUCUUCUGCUUAAUGAAGCUGCCACUUUGCAUCUGGGAAAUCCUGUGGCAGAUAAGAGGGACUGUAUGGUGAAAAUACAAGAUUUGAAAUGCUACUGGGAUAAGAAUCUUGAAUCACCAACCUUACAGAAUGUGAGUUUUACAGUGAAACCCGAGCAACUGCUGGCGAUUAUUGGCCCUGUCGGAGCUGGAAAGUCGUCGCUCUUGAAUGCCAUACUAGGAGAACUGAGUCAGGAACAUGGUGUGGUCAAGGUCAGAGGAGAGGUGACCUACACACCCCAGCAACCGUGGAUCUUACCUGGCACGAUCCGAAGCAACAUUGUGUUUGGUAAUGCGUUCAACCCCAAGAAGUAUGAGCAGGUCCUGAGAGCCUGUGCCCUCAAGAAGGACAUGGAUCUUUUGCCUGGUGGUGACUUGGUAAUGGUUGGGGACCGGGGGGCCAACCUCAGCGGAGGACAGAAGGCACGAGUCAGCCUGGCAAGAGCGGUGUAUCGUGAUGCAGAUAUCUACUUGCUGGAUGACCCUCUCAGUGCCGUGGAUGCUGAAGUGGGCAGACACCUCUUUGAGGAGUGCAUUUGUGGACUCCUGAGGAAGAAGCCUCGCAUUCUCGUAACUCAUCAACUACAGUAUCUAAAGGCUGCAGAUCAGAUUGUGGUCUUAAAGGAGGGCCAGAUGGUUGCACGAGGGACCUACAGUGAGCUGCAAGGCUCUGGCAUAGACUUCACCUCCCUUCUUAAGGAGGACCAGGAUGAGGAGAGGCGGGACGUGACCCCGCUGCCUGCAACCGGCUCUUCCUUCCAUUGCACCCUCUCUGACAACUCCUCCAUGUCUUCCCUUUCCUCCUCUCGGUACUCUCUGAUCGAUGCUGGAGAUUCCCUGACAGCGGUAGUGCAACCAAUGGAGGAGGAAAGCCGCUUAGAAGGAAAUGUCGGCCUGAGUAUGUAUGUGAAAUAUUUCCUGGCAGGCGCCAACCUCCUGGUCCUCUUGUUUCUCAUUUUACUUAACGGACUAGCUCAGAUUACAUUUGUUCUUCAGGACUGGUGGCUUUCCCACUGGGCCUCUGAACAGAAGUACGCCGGUGUGACUGAGCACCUCAAUGGCAGCUUCCCUCAGCAGCUGGACCUUGACCUGUACCUAGGCGUUUACGCAGCUUUAACAGCCACCUCAGUGGUGCUGGGCUUCGUCCGCAGCUUGGUCUUCUUCAAUGUCCUGGUGAAAUCGGCUCAAACCCUCCACAACAACAUGUUCAGGGCCAUCCUCCGCACGUCCAUCCGCUUUUUUGAUACCAACCCAACAGGGAGGAUUCUCAACAGGUUUUCAAAGGACAUUGGCUACCUAGACUCCCUGCUUCCAUGGACGUUUGUGGACUUCACCCAGGUGUUUCUGCAAGUCAUUGGCGUCAUUGCAGUGGCCGGGGUCAUCAUCCCCGGGAUUCUCAUACCUGUUGUCCCUCUUCUCGCUGUUUUCCUCUUUCUGCGGCACUAUUUCCUGCAGACCUCCAGGGACAUCAAGCGUCUAGAGUCUACAACUCGGAGUCCUGUCUUCUCCCACCUCUCUUCCUCCCUCCAAGGACUGAGCACCAUUCGCGCCUUUAGGGUUCAACAUCAGUUCCAGCAAAUGUUUGACAAGUAUCAAGAUCUUCACUCAGAGGCCUGGUUCCUCUUCCUGACCACUUCGCGCUGGUUUGCUGUGCGUCUUGAUGGAAUUUGUUGCGUUUUUGUCACAAUUACAGCAUUUGGCUGCCUGUACUUCAGGGAUGGACUGGAACCAGGUGCCGUGGGCCUGGCUCUGUCCUACGCUGUUACGCUCACAGGCAUGUUUCAGUGGGGAGUCAGACAGAGCGCAGAGAUCGAGAACCUGAUGACGUCUGUGGAGAGAGUGGUUGAGUAUGCGGAGCUGGAGAGUGAAGCCCCUUGGGAGACAGAAAAACAGCCUCCUGGAGACUGGCCCCAGAAGGGCUCCAUCACCUUUGACGGUGUUAGCUUUUCUUACAGUGACAGCGCGCCUUUGGUCCUAAAGAACCUGAGCAUUGUCUUCGCAUCCAGAGAAAAGGUUGGGAUUGUCGGACGCACCGGUGCUGGUAAAAGUUCCCUCAUCUCUGCCCUGUUCCGACUGGCAGAACCAGAGGGAAGGAUAACAAUUGACGGCAUUCUGACUUCAGAGAUCGGUUUGCACACGCUGCGCCAGAAAAUGUCGAUCAUCCCUCAGGACCCAGUACUCUUCACGGGCACCAUGAGGAAGAAUCUGGACCCUUUCAAGCAGCACACAGAUGAGGACCUUUGGAAUGCACUCCAAGAGGUGCAAUUGAAGGCGGUGGUGGAGGAGCUGCCCAACAAGCUGGAAACGGUACUGACCGAGUCGGGCUCGAACUUCAGCGUGGGCCAGAGGCAGUUGGUGUGUCUGGCCAGGGCCAUCCUCAGGGAAAACCGCAUCCUCAUUAUUGAUGAAGCAACAGCAAAUGUAGACCCGAGAACUGACAGCCUGAUCCAGCAGACGAUCCGGAACAAGUUUCCAGAGUGCACAAUCCUCACCAUCGCUCACAGGCUCAACACUAUCAUUGACUGUGACAGAAUCCUGGUUCUGGAUGCCGGCAGGAUCCAGGAGUGCGACGAGCCGUACAUCCUGCUCCAGAACCAGGACGGGCUCUUCUACCAGAUGUUGCGACAGACGGGCAACGCCGAAGCCGCGUCACUGCUGCGAAUGGCCAAACAGGUUCACGCCAACAGAAAGGGGGAGAGCGACACGUGCCGCACCAAGGACAUCGGUGUCAUCUUUGAGACGUCCCUUUGACGGUUUGGAGGGCUCCUGUGGUCCUUUUCACGCCGAACAACAGAGACCAAAUCUUCCCCCAGAUAUGCUCGGGGUCCCGGACGUGCACACAGAUGUCUUCAGGAUCCCAGAAGGCAUUACAGGUUUAGUGUGCACUGCAUUGAUCGGCAAAGACUUUUGGUCUGGAAAAGAGAAGUUUUGUGAAGCAGGCCGUGCCUUUCAUUGACCGCAUACAACUUGGUGGCUGUUUAUUGAUUAGCUGCUCCUAUGUGUGUGAGCGUGUGUCCUGUCCUCCAUAGUGCUGCGUCUUCCUCUACUUUGCACAUUGAUAAAAAGAAGGCAGAUAUCGAAUGUGUUUAUUUCAGUGCAAUAAAUUCUAUUCUUCUGUAGAAGAGGAAAUUAUUCUGUUAGGCUUUUCAUUACGCAGAAAGACAAGAAAACCCUAGGAGGAGGCAGCAGUGUUUGCAGUAAUUAUCGUGCCUUCAUCAGAGUAUUGAUUGUUAGUAAUUGCACGGUUUUAAUUGAACAGUUGUCCUGCACUUUGACUCUAGUGGUUUCAUGUCUACCUCAGCUCCUGUUUACAUUGAACAGCAGAGUUGACUGUAAUGAUUGUGACCAAAGUGGGUGUUGGUCAUUUCUCCCUUUCAGCGUUUUGUAUUUUUGGCAGUUUUUUUCAUGUAGUACCCGACUUUUUGACAUAUGUAAAGGAGGAAAGGCUCCUUCUGGUACAGGCAAAGCAUCGAUCUUACCUGUAAUGUGGACCUUUCAGAUUUGCAUUAACAACCUGUGAUUUCAAGAACUUUUCUCUAAUAUCCUCUGGACAGAACUGUAAUUGUGCUAUCCCAAUGGAAAUUUUUAAGUAAUUGUACUUUGAUCAGUGAUUAGAAGGUUUUAUAUUUCUAUAGAUCAAUUAGGCCAAGCAGGGAUCUGAAUCAUAAUCACUGGAGAUCGUCUUUAAUGUAACAUUGUUUGAAUAUAUUAUUAGUAGAUGUGUAAUGGUACACAAAUCCAAGUCAAAAGUGUUCAGUACAGCUCUUUCACGCAUUUGUAUUUAACAAAAACAGCGUUGUUUUAAGUCUGAAAACAUGUGGAACUGUGGGAUCCAUCGGCUAAAUUUAAAAAGCAACACCAAAACAAAACUAAACAGGGAAGACUGUCUGCAUUUUUCGACAACGAUAAAGAUACAGUAGUUUGAUCUACACUGAGCUUAAAUACUCACCUGAAACAACAAAAAAUCAGCUGACCUCCAAAUACAGCUGCCUGUAGCAUCCAAUCAGCACAAAACUUCAUCCCAUGAGACACAAGUUGGAGGAUAUUUAGUUUUUCAGAGGGGAUUUUCUUAACUUUUGAGGGAACUGCAUUCAUACAGCUGAUAAGUUAGGUUGUUGAAAUGUCGACGCAACUUUUUUAAAAAUAGUUUUUCCAAAUAUGGGCACAGUAUUAUUAAAAAAUUCUGAACAUCAGCAUUGAGCAUUUCAACAUGAUUAUAUUGUUUUUAUAAUCUAUUCAGGCACUGGCUAAGCCUACUGAUACUACCUAUUUCUUUAAUUCAAGAAUCCAACCAAACAGGCCGUCAGUUCUAUACUUUUCAUAUUUUUAUUGUUAUUGAAAAAAGAAGUUUCUUUGUUUACUGCUGCCAAAGUAGAAACAAACAGCCUGUUUAUUUUUUUAUUUUUCUUGAAGGAAGAAUGCUGAAACAUCCCGGAGUGUGAUUUUUGUGUACCGUUACAUCACUAAUAAUUAGAUCAAAUUAAAAAAGAGGUUUUAUUAUCUGUUUUCAUAAUUUAUAAAAAGUACAGACUACUAAAACAGGUAAUCUGUCGCAGAACGGUCAAGCGUAUAAGUAUAAAAGAAGGAUCCUCUGAAAUGCGAUCAGUGGCCACAAAAUGGGGCAACAAACUGCGGUGAACUGACCCAGAACCCAGGGUUUUAUUCACUAUUUAUAUCUGAGUUGACAUAUUUGUCAAUACUGAUAAUUGCCCCUGUAGAACUCUACUUUUGUAAACGUUCAGUGUUGUUCCGGUCAUGUUGAUGUAUAAGCUGACAUAAAUAAACCACUAAGUUAAACUGA